AUGUUCAGCUACGCUGCGAAGAUACGCAAGGCGCUUCACGUGCCAAGCUAUGCGCGCUGCGUAUGCUUCGCGUCGCUUGCUGCCUACGUCUUCGGGUUCGAUACAGGCUCGAUUGGACCCAUAACCCUUAUGGACGAUUUCACCAAGACCUUCGGUGACCUCUCGUCCAUCGUUCAAGGCCUCUUCGUCUCCUCCGUCCUCAUCCCCGCCGCCAUCACGUCCUUCGGCGCCGGCUCCAUCGCCGACCGCAUCUCGCGCACGCACGCCAUCUCCCUCGGAUGCGCCGUCUACGGCCUCGGCUCCCUCAUCUGCGCCGCCUCCGGCAUCAACAUGUCGCAACACGCCGCGCUCGCCAUGAUCUUCGUCGGCCGCUGCACCUCCGGCGUCGGCGAGGGCGUCUUCCUCUCCGCGCUCACGGUCUACGGCAUCGAGGUCGCCCCGCGCAAGUCCCGCGGGCGCGUCGGCUGCAUCAUGCAGCUCUUCAUCUCGACGGGGAUCAUGAUUGGGUACUUUGUGUGCUAUGGUAGUUUGAAUAUUGUGGGGUCGCUGUCGUGGAGGUUGCCGUGGAUCCUGCAAUGCCUGACGUGCUUGGUGUGCGCUGUGGGCGUGCGCUUCUUGCCGCACUCGCCGCGGUGGCUGCUGCACGUCGGGCUGCAUGAGGAGGCUGUGCGCGCGAUGCAUCGGCUGGACCUCAGCAAGGACGAAUUCAUCUCAUUGGCAGCGACCGCGGAAGAGGAGAAGGCACAGGAGGCGGCGGCGAGGGAGAAGGCCCAUCAAGGUGGCUGGUUCAAGAACCAGAUCGCGCAGUUUAAGCAAGCCUUCGCACCUGGCCUUCGAGGACGCUCGGCGAUGGCGCUCUUCAUGCAGUCAAUGCAGCAGCUUGCCGGUAUCGACGGCGUCUUGUACUACGCCCCUGUCCUCUUUCGUCAAGCAGGCUUGUCCUCAUCCAGCGCCUCUUUCCUGGCGUCGGGCGUGACGGGUAUCGUCAACGUCGUGGGCCGCCGACCCUCCAUCAUCGGCGGAGGCACCAUUAUGGCCACCGCCAUGACCAUCAUCGGCAUCCUCUACUCCCUCCCCGCUCUCAACAAAGCCGGCAACUACGCCGUCAUCGCCCUCAUCUUCGUCUACUUCAUCCCCUUCGUCGUUACCUGGGCCACCCUCGUCCGCAUCUGGGUCUCCGAGGCGCAGCCCGUGCAGACGCGCGCCUCCGUCUCCGCCCUGUCCUACACGACAAACUGGAUCGCGAACUGGAUUGUCGCGUUCACGACGCCGAUGUUUCUGGAUAAGUACUCGAGCGGGCCGUACUUUUUGUGGGCGGCGUGUACGUGGGUGGCGGUGGGGGUGUUCACGCUGUGGUUUCCGGAGACGAAAGGAAGGAAUGUGGAUUUGGCGGGGCAAGCUGGGGGGUUGAAGUUGCAGGUGCGGAUUCCUGGGAUGAGGAGGCGAUACGCAAGCCGGGAGAAGACGCCGACACCUCCGCCUCGGACUCCUCCUAACGAACGAGCUGGGCAGCAAGACGAGAUUAUCGAAGAGAUCGUCUGA